UAAAGAUCAAGUGAGAAUUGUUGGAAUAAGCCUUACAAAAGUAAACAGAAAUAUGACAGUUUGACAGAUUGAUUGUAGCCGCACGUGGUCAAUAAUUAGGAGGUUAUUCAAACGUCAAUAUUUGUUAUUUAUUUAUGUUCUGUUUGUAAAAAUAUUUAAACAUUUAUUCGAUAAUUGUAAAUGCACCAAAAACGUUAAAUACUAGGUGAUAUAUAAUAAUUGCAAAGUGACUCUGUAAUCCAAUAAUGCUAUAUAUUUCAUAAUACGACAUAACAAUGAAGACAACUAAACCAAAUUCACUUUUCUCUCCUGCCAAUUGGGAUAAUGACGUCAUACAAGAAAGUGGUACAUCAACAGAACCAAAUGUGAAAUGCAAAUUAUUAGAAAGAAUUAAAAGCAAAUACACAUCAACAAAUGCAAAUACUUCUAAAGAUAAAACACCUAAAACUCGGUUAGACAUGGCCGAAGACUCAUUUGUAAUAAACACGAACAAUUUAUCUUCAUCAAAACGCAGAAGGCGUCAAAUGAAAAAACUUAAAAGGUUAGAAAAUACUAAAACGGGUGCCAAAAGCAAUGAUAAAGUUAAAGAACAGAAAGAUGAACGAACUUUGAGUAAGCUGAAAAAAAUAUUGCAUCAAACAGACUCUCCUUCUAAAGAGGAUCAGCAAAUGUCAUUUCGUGAAAAACUUUGGGAGAAACUCAAAGGAUCACGAUUUCGAUAUCUUAAUGAACAAAUGUAUACAUCAAAAGGAAAUGAUACACAAAAAAUGUUUCAAAAAGACCCUAGUGCUUUUGAGGCUUACCACGAAGGAUUUAGGCAUCAAGUUUUGAAAUGGCCACUCAAUCCACUUGAUAAAAUAAUCAAUGAAGUUAACCAAAUGCCUUCUUCAUACAUUAUUGCUGAUUUUGGUUGUGGCGAGGCAAAAUUAGCUUCAUCUGUUCCUCAAGAAGUUAAAUCUUUUGAUUUAGUGGCACUGAAUGAGAAUGUAAUAGCUUGCGAUAUGGCAAAUGUUCCAUUGAAGUCCAGUUCAGUAGAUGUAGUUGUUUUCUGUCUGUCCUUAAUGGGUGUAAAUAUUAAAGAUUAUUUGUUGGAAGCUUCAAGAGUUUUGAAGAUUGGAGGUACAGUGAAAAUUGCUGAAGUGUCUAGUCGAUUUACUGAUGUAAAUAAUUUCAUAAAGUUGGUUACAAAGUAUGGGUACAAAUUAUUGAGUAAGAACUUAUCCCAUGAUAUGUUCUAUUUUAUGGAUUUCAAAAAGGUUUCAGUUCCUAACAAAUCAAAGGUACCAAUAAUAGAAUUAAAGUCAUGCAUGUAUAAAAAACGAUAA